AUGUCCAAAAAGUUGCUUGUUGUUGGCGGUGCUGGUGCGCUGGGCCGUGGCGUAGUAAGCCACUUUGCCCGCGCAUCGUGGACGGUCACGUCGGUGGACUUUACCGAGAGUGCAGAUGCUCACGCCAACGUUUUAUUAUCUAGAAACAACUCGCUGGAGUUGGCGAAGCAGACUCUUGACGACAUUUCCAGCCGGUGUGGCAAGCUAAACACAGUGGUAUGUACUGCUGGUGGCUGGGCAGGUGGAAGCAUUCGUGACGCUAAUUCUUUGAUCAACUUGAGAGAAAUGCAUGUAAAGAACCUCGAAUCGGCCUUUCUGACAACGUACUUGGCGAGCCAUUUGCUUGUACCCGGAGGGCUUCUCGUUCUUACGGGCGCCACUGCUGCCCUUUGCGCUACUCCUGGUAUGGUCUCGUAUGGCGCGAGUAAGGCAGCUACUCAUCAUUUGAUCGCUAGUGCUGUAAGUGAACUUCCUGAAGGCUCGUCAGUCUUAGGUGUGCUCCCGAUAACGAUCGACACGCCUGUAAACCGAAAGUUUAUGGCAAAGGCUGACUUUUCUACCUGGACAAAGGUCGAGGAUAUUGCUGAGAAGAUUCAAGAGUGGUCUGAAGCCACUUACGCCACUCGUCCACCUAGCGGACAUUUAAUCACAGUGACCACUGAAUAUGGCACGACGUCCUGGAAGGACAUUGACAAUUCAUUUCAAUAG